AUGAAGGAAAUCAUGCUGCAGAUCCAAACUUCUAAAUCUGCUUCCAAGUCUGGCUAUAGCAAUUUGUCAGGUAACGGUCUGAUCGCUUAUUGCCUGCAUCUCAUCCUGAACUUAAUUGGCUUCAUCUCAGACCCACAGCAACUGCGUAUCAAUUGUGGCUUGACUGUGCUGAAUCUUGGUUUCUCUCUUGCUUUAGCAUCGCUGAUGGAAGUGGCUGAUCGCCGAAGAUUGAACGGGGUUUCCAAGGAUAGUUCUCUCGGGACUGGGGUUAUAGUCAUUAUCUUCUUCUACCAAUUUUUCUACAAUGCGGGUCUUAAUGAGCCGCCGUGGGUCUGCGUUACUGAACUCCUUCCUACCAAUCUUCGGGCUAAGGGCAUGAACAUCAUGCAAAUGGCAUCUGUGCUCUGA